AUGUUUCUUGAUUUCACCAUGUAGUUGCCCUGUCACAUGAAUAAUGGCAACGAAGGAUACAAAGAAAAAGAAAAAUGAUGCUGCUGCAGCACAGAACAGUGUGAAAACUGUAAAAACUAACACCAGACCAACCUCUGCUCCUCUGUUGAAAGGAAAUUAUGAAUCUGAUGUGAUUUUUGCGGAGGAGAGUCUUGUGUCAUCAGAGGUCAAAGAUGAAAGGUCAUGUGAUGAGAAAGAAGAUAAGGAGUUGAAGGAUAAACAUGAGGAAGAGAGAGACAACAAGAUUGAAAAUCUUGAGGAUGAUAUUCUGGAGAAAAAUGAAAAUGAAGAAGAACAGGAAGAGGAAAACAACGAGAUAAAAAAUACAGAAGAAGAUAUUCCAGAAAGUACAGAAGAGGAUGUUCCGGCGAACAAUAGAGAAGAACAGGAAGGGGAAGGGAAAGAAAAGAAUGAUGUGAAUGAAGAAGAAGAUGAUGAUGAUGAUGAUGAUGAUGAUGAUGAGAAAAAUAAAAAUGAAGAUAAUGUAAAGGAAGAGGCUGAUGACAAAAAUGACACAGAAUGUGACAGCAUUAGUCAAGCUGAGUCUGAAAGUAGUAAACCGACCGCGACAGGAAAAUCAGCACAUUCGUCUAUUGAUGUGAGGAUUGUGAAACGUAAAGACGUCUCAGAGGACUCACGAAUAGACAACGUGUUCCUCACUGCAGAAGGCCAGAACGAUGACGCAAUCACACCGUCUGUUGACGAAGUACAAGCCGAAUUGGACAGAGUGAUGAAUCAACAAACUGUGGAAGAUAAUUUACAACAGGACGAGUUACCAGGACGACUGGCGACUCUGAACACACCGGCGACGCCGUUCACGCUUGGUACAGGGAGUCUAUUUUCUGAAAGCCCAACUCGUUCCGGUACCAAGCAGACGUUAGCUAGCUUACCCAGUGCCACCAAAGACACCAUCUACCAGCGAGCGAUGGCACUUAUGUCUACCAGAUGCAGUAGCAGAGGUAUUCCCUUGAUUGACACGAGAACCACGGAUAAGCUGCCCCUCCUGGUCACCAGUCUACCCGACCACCCCUAUAGACAUUUCCCAGACUCCUACUUCUAUGUUACUCAACAAAGGCCGCUACCAGCUGCCCCUGUUAAGGCAUGGAGGGGUUACCAUGGCAAUGUCUAUUUUGAACCUCUGCAGUGUAAGAGAAUGGAGACGGCACCGUCGCUGAGAGACAAGUCCUACUACAACUCUGUCUUUGUCAAAAGUAGAGGAUCCCGGUCGGUUACGUUUUCACCAAAGAAAGAGAUAUUAAACCGGCACCAGUACAAGAGAGUGACGACCAAGAAACCUGGCUCUCGACAAAUGGCAAUACUCGAUAAAACGUCGGUGAUACAAAGGAUGGAUGAAAACGUGCAGGAGGACGUGCGGUGGAUUAGCGGUUUAGAGUCUGUGGGUAGUCUGAGAGUAGGCAGUGUAGGGUCGGCAACCUCACGCUCAAAUCCUGAUCGGUCGGAUAAAAUGAAAAUAUGUCGUGGGUUUGUUAGUCAUUCUACAUCGCCUAGAUUUCAGAAUCUACCCGUGGUACCUCUAAAAGGCGGUGGAAUCACGCACUCGGUGUCCAAAAGCGAGUACCUGCAAUCACCAUACCGUGGUAACAGUAGACAGGGCCUCAACAACAGCAACAUGUCACCAGAACUGUACAGGUAUCCAGACAGUUCACCAGCACAAUUGGAUAAACUGAAAGCAAGUCUACAAAACAUGGAGCGUUCACGUGAAAUGGUGUUCAAUAUUCCACCGUAUCCCGGUAUCCCACUUGAAGAAUCCACUCCAAGAUCACAAAAACCUGAGGCAAGUGACUUGCAAGUCACUGCAAGAUGA